UAGCGCCAAUAUUUUGAUGUACCCAAUUUUUUUAUCAAAAUAAUAAGAAUAACAUGCUUUAGAUGCGUGUAGGAACGUGUUUGAGCAUUGGGCAAUUAAAGUGUUUCGCAAUAUUUUAUGUUAACACAAAGGAUCCAGAUAAAGCGGAUUUUCUACUAUGCCUACGACUAGGAAGAAAGUAAUCAAAACUGUUUAUAAAGACGACGAUGAAAGUGAUAACAUGGGAGGCGACUUUAGCGAUUCCGGUUCGGACGCCAAAAUAUCAUCGGCUCCUAGCUCUGACGACAGUAUUAACGAGGAAGAAAAUUGUCCAUCGUCGGACGAUGAAGUUCACAAAAAGCCACAGAAAAAAACUACUAAUCGAAAAAAGAAUCCCCAAUUUGCCAAAGCUUUUAUUAAUAAAAUAAACAAACAAAUCAGCGCCGAAGAUGAAGAUGAACCAUUGCCUGUUUCUACUUUUACGAUUAAAGAUUUAACAGAAGCUGAUAAGUUAUUACCAUCAGUACUUAAUCUUUCAGAAAGUGACAGCAGUGAUGAUGAAUGUACUAAGACAAUCUUUAAAAAGAAAUUUCAUACAGAAACAUUACCAAACACAGAUCCAGAAAAUGAUAACAAUGAUGCUGGUACUGAAUAUAAAGAUGUAUGGUCAGUUAAUGAAAAAGAUGAAAGCGAAGAAAUUGCAAAGAAAACUUUUCUAGAGUUAGAACAGCAUAAGGCUAAAAUUGAAGAAGCUAAAAUGUCAGUCUUAAAGUAUUCACACAGCAAGAAUGAAAAUGAAUCAGAUGUUAAAGACUUACUGGCGCUAGGAGAAGAGAUAGUACCUGAGGUAGGAACAAUCACUAAAAAGAAAAAAAAGAAAGUACAAGACCAAAGUGAUUCAGAGGUAGAAGAUUGGGAAGAAGUAAAGGAGGCUAAAUCAAUACCCCAACAAGGGCUACAACUAAUUGUAGAUAUACCAGAUUCAGUAGCAAGAAGAGCUAAAAAGGUUGAUGUUGAAAUGAUGAUGAAAAGAAAAAUGAACAGAGUAAAAAAGGAAUGUCAAGUGUACAUGCACAAAGUUCAUGUUCUAUGUUGGCUGGGUUAUGGAAAUUACAUUAGCACUGUAUUAAAUGACCAGGAAGUUAUGUCUACAGCAUUAUCACUUUUGCAAAAGCUAAAAUCGAAGGAAUGCUCUCCCGGCCAAAAAGUUCCAAAAAUAGCCUCUUGUUCUAAAAGCAAUUUGAAUUUCUAUCCUGGUCAAAGAGUUGACAUGAAAUAUGUAGAACAAAUAACCUCUUGGUAUCAAAAUAUUUUAACAUUAAGAAAAGAUAAACAUGAAGGUAAAUUCAGACCAAAGGCACCAAAACUAAAGGAAAUACUAAUUCAACAAAUAAGAAAUAGGAUUAUAACAUCAAAGAAAUAUCUUGUUUAUGUGUUUGUUUCUAUGUUGAGAGCGAUUGGUCUCCAUUGCAGGGUGAUGCUUAAUUUCGUAACAGUACCAAUAAAGCCUCCAGCUUUCGAGCUACAUUCAAUGUCAACGAAGAGUACAGAUAAAAAUAAAAGUGACAAAAAGGAUGUGAGUAAAGAUAAAAAUAUAACAAAGUCAAAGUCCACAAAGACAUGCAGUAAAAAGAAAAUUUCACAAUUAGAUGGAAAUUAUGAUUACAGUACAGAUAGUGAUAGUGAUAUAAGCAACAUUAUGCAAAUAGAUGGAAAUGAUGAUAAAAUGCCACGUAUCACAAGAUCAACAAGAAGUAACACUAAAGUGAACCAAAAUAAACAAGUAGCAACAAACAGUGAUAUUAUUUCAAAUAAAAUCAUGCAGGUAGAUGGUAAUAAUGAUGAAAUACAUCCUAAAACACAAUCAAGAAAGGCUAUAUCAAAAGAAAAUGCAAACAUUCAUAAAGAAUCAGAAGGUGCAUCACCACCGAAGAGAGCUAAACAAACCGAUGACAAUGAUACAGUACAAGUCGCCGCUAAAAGUAAAUUAUCACUUAAUCGGCAAAGAGGCAAGAAUGUUAAAUCUGGUAAUAAUUUGGAGGUGCCAGAAAUUGAAGAAAAUAAAGAAGUCACAGCAAGUAAGUUUUUUGUUGGAGAUGAAAAUCUUAAUAGAAGGUCUACGAGAAAAAGAUCCGCAACCACGAAUGCCCGCACAUCUAAUGACACAGUAGUGAAGGAAGUCACUAAAAAGGCAACACAAGCCAAAGUUAGAGCAAAAAGUACACCUGUAAGGAAUGUCAAUUCAAAAUCAAAUGAAGAUUUGUCAGAAUCAGCAAGUAAAAAACCCAAGAGAUCCUCAAAGAAGCAAGAAAAUAACAAAGAUGUUUUGAAACCAAAAGAUAUCACUGAUAAAAAUUCUGAUGAAGAUAAUUCAAUGCAAAAUACAAAAACUCAAAAAUCGGAUAGUGAUGAUGAUUUCAAAAUUGAAAAAGAUAUUGCAACAAUCUCAAGAAAUGCUAAAAAACCCAAUAGUGCAAAACUGAAGGGAAAACUUUCCAAUCAAGAUAUUACUAAAGAUGAUCAAAAUAAACAAGACGAAAAAGAAGAAUCAAAUAGUGUUGUUACAGCUAAAACCAGAUCAGCAAGAGCUACUAGGAAUACUAAAAUCGUACCAAAAAUCGAAGUAUCCACUGAAGAAAAUAAAGAAGUAACGGCAAGUGACUUUUUUAUUGGUGAAAAUACAUGCACAAAUGUUAAUAAAACUAAAUUACCAAGGAAAAGAUCAACAACCACUAAUUUAAAAGUAAAUGACACAGUAAAGGCGGAAACAACAGAAAAAAAUACAAAAACAAGGGCAAACAAUAGUCCAAGAAGUGCCAAUACAAGUAAGUAUUUCAAAGAUGACUCCACUUCAAAAAAAGCUAAGAACGUUAGGGAUGAAAACUAUAUAGAAGACGAACAGAGAGUAAGUCAUAAAGAUCUUUUAAAACAAAAAACUGAAGCUAAAAAUGAUGUAACAUCCGACUUAGUGGAUAUAAUUAAAACUAGAGUGAAAGAAGCAAAAGCCGAAACAAAGAAGAACAAAGUAAAAGGAACAACUAAAGAUUCAGGUGAAGAUAGCGAUCAUUUACCAGAAGAAGACAUCAAACCUUGUGUCAGUGAUGAUGACUUUAAGCCUGUCAAGUUAGGCCCCAAACCAGGAACAUCUCGCAGGAUAGACCGCAGAGUGUUGUCGGAAGACGAUGAGGUUCUUCCUGACAGGAUUGAUGUUUGGUGUGAAGUGUUUGUUGAGGAACUUGAAGAAUGGGUGCCUGUCGAUGUUAUCAGAAAUAAAGUUCAUUGCGCCAAAGAAAUUCAUUCAAAGGCUACCCAUCCAGUUGCCUACAUUGUUGGUUGGGACAAUAACAAUUAUUUAAAAGAUCUAACAAGGAGAUAUGUUCCACAUUGGAAUACAAUUACUCGUAAGCAAAGAGCCGAGGUAUCCUGGUGGAACACAGCGGUGGCCCCAUGGCUGGGACCUAAGAAUGCACGGGAUAAGGAAGAAGAUGAACGUCUGGAUAGAAUGCAGCUAGAGGCACCACUACCUACAAGUAUCGCUGAGUACAAAAACCAUCCUCUGUAUGCACUGAAGCGACACCUACUAAAGUUUGAGGCGCUGUAUCCUGAAGACGCGGCAACACUGGGCUUCGUGCGCGGCGAGCCUGUGUACGCGCGCGAGUGCGUCCACAUCUGCAAGUCGCGUGACAUCUGGCUCAAGGAUGCUAAAGUUGUCAGACUCGGAGAAAAACCUUAUAAAGUUGUUAAAGCUAGACCAAAGUGGGAUAAAUUAUCUAACAAGUUAAUCACAGACAAACCUCUGGAACUUUUUGGUCCAUGGCAAGUAACUGAUUAUGAACCACCGGUAGCAGAAAAUGGUAUCGUUCCGAGAAAUGCAUAUGGAAAUGUCGAACUGUUCAAAGAAUGCAUGAUUCCUAAAGGAACUGUACAUAUUAAAUUGCCCGGUUUGAAUAGAGUGGCCAAGAAAUUGAACAUAGAUUGUGCUCCAGCUUUGACAGGUUUUGACUUCAAUGGUGGAUACUCUCAUCCAGUAUAUGAUGGAUUUGUAGUGUGUACGGAAUACGAAGAAAUUUUAACUGAAGCGUGGGUCAAGGAUCAAGAAGAACUAGAAAGGAAGGAGCGAGAGAAAAUAGAUGCAAGAGUUUACGGUAACUGGAGGAGGCUUAUAAAAGGUCUGUUCAUACGAGAAAGACUUAAGCACAAGUAUGGCUUCGAUGGUCCCAUACCAGGAACUUCACAGGACAAGAAAAAACAAAAAGGGCCACGCCUUGUUGUUAAAAAAAGAUAAAAUGUGUGAACUGACGGAAAAUUUAUAAUUUGAGUAUGGUACAAAUUUUUCACAUGUUUACUUGAACUUUUAAAAUUUAACGUUUUUAUAACUAUUGUCAUUAUUUGGCAAAUUUAAGGUAACUUUUAAGCAAAGUAUUCUAA